AAUGCGUUUGAGAAAAAUGCAUUUGUCAAAAACAAUAAGGAGGCCGGCAUUGUUGGCACUGGCCGCUCGCGCUUGUGAUUGCUUUGGACAUUUAUAUCGGAUUCAUCUCAUUCCACCAAGUAAUUUACACUGCCGUGGCAGGUUUACAGGCAUUGCAAAUACAUCUGUUUCAAGUGUUUUAGAUGUAAUGCCAGGUUUUGAAAUCUUCGGGGCGGGCCUGUGUCUCACUGCUCUAAAUGUUAAAUGUUUACAGACAAAAAUGACUGUCUGGUCUGGUUAUGACUUGAUGAACACCUGAUAACCUGUUCCAGCAGGAUUUUCGUCCUUCUUGAGCACUUUUCUUCAGUCUGUUAGCAAAUCCAGGCGUGGAUCCAGACGCGCGUCACUUUCCAGGGGUACAUUACACACGUGUUUAUUCUUUACGCCGUGCGCGUGUGUGAAAAUGUAAAUUCCCAAAUUUACAUACUCUGUCUCGUUCUUUUUCUCUCCAUCUCUCCUCCAGGUAUCAAAGGCGUCUCGGGCAUUCGGACUCGGAUCCAGUUGUGAACGCAAUCCACGCGUGGCUUCAUUUUAGCAGCUUUGCUGCUGCGUGAAAUAACUUACAGAUGACUACCGGUUGGACAGUAAUGCGUGAAUGCCUGCUAGCUGCGGUGCCCGUUCAAGGCCAAGCUGCUGGUGACCCUUUAGGACGCCGGCAAGGUCAAGUUCCUCUCCUGGCUCGAAGCUCCAGCAGCCGGGUCAUGUCUGAGCCUGCUCCUCUGCUACCCUGCCCUCUGCAUCCUGUGACCAGUCAUGCCAAAAAAUGUAGGGCGUUCAAGAUGGACAACAGCUCCCCCUGUGAGUCAGCUGAGUCUGACUUCAGGCAGAACGGACACUGUGAGCGCAGUUCAGACAUGUCGCCUGGGGCAGGUCAGGACAUGGACGUGACAGACCUGGAUUGCGGAGCGGCUGUUCACAGCGAUGCUCAAAUGGAGGCGCCGAGUGUGAAACACCGUGGAGCCGCAUUACCUCAGCAGCAAGGAGGAAGCUCCACGUUGACCUCCUCCUGUGCUGCUGAGGUUUCCUCUACUUGGUGCGCCAGUCAUCUGCCUGUGUCCGUGAAUGCGUCGGGGGACUGCUCGCUGGAUGUGCUCCGGAUAGUGAAACACAAGCCCAGUGCAAUUGUGUUCUGUGAUUAUGACCCCAUCCCCGACGACCAGGCGACCGCGUUCGAGGCGAGGUCCGACGGCAGAGAGUCCUCGUCGUCCGGCGCCGAGGAGGGAGAGGACAGCUUUCCUGAGACGCUGCAGUACAAGGAAUUCCUGGUCAGUCGGCAGCGUAGAAACGUGAGCAGGAACAGGAAGUGCUUGAGGAGGAGGCAGGAUGUGCAGCUCAAUGGCGUGGCAGCCGAUUGGCAAAGGCCCAGCGACAAGGAUGAACCUGAGCUCACAGGUAGCCAGGAGGAAGAGGAUACGCGGCAGAACAAUGGGAAACAGGCUGCCACGUCUGACUCCAUGACUUUGCUGAUGAAAAAGCUGGAUCACCUCAACGAGGAGAUCCAAGAAGCUACGAGUGCUAAGUCCUCGCACUCAUGUGCGACCGGCCAGGAGCAGCAGAGCACCACGGGUGCCUGUGCUCCGCCCGCGAUCAAGACGACAACCCGAGCCGGUCAGGACCAGGGAACCUGCAGACUCCCAGACAAACCUGAACCCCCGACCAGGCGCCGCUCGCGACCUUUGACCCGCAGCAGACCGCUGACUCGCUCGUCCCUCUCGUCCCCUACGCACCUCCAGGCUCGAAGGGCCAGGGCUGCUUCGAAGAUGACAAGCGGAUCAGCAGAGAUUGAGGCUAAGGAGGCUUGUGAUUGGCUGAGAGCGGCGGGAUUUCCACAGUACGCCCAGCUCUACGAAGAUUCCCAGUUCCCGAUUGAUAUUUCGGCGGUGAAAAGGGACCACGACUUUUUAGACCGGGAUCUGGUGGAGCCUCUGUGCCGGCGUCUUAAUACUCUGAACAAGUGUGCCUCCAUGAAACUGGAUGUCAGCCACCCCAGGAAGAAGGGUGAUGACUCCGAUGAAGAUGACCCGAUGGCCAUCAGUAAAAGGUGGACGUUCGAGUGGAGCAGCCGACGCUGGUCUCGCCUACAAGACUUCCUGUUGGACAGCACCAACGAAAGCAGCCCGACGGGCCAGGGGGAGGGCCUGCGCAGCACAGUGAGCAGCGAGAGCGUGCUGACGGACCUGAGCGAGCAGGAGAUCACUGAGAUCUCCUCGCUCCACAGCGAGGACUCCACCUCCGCCAUGCCGGACUCUAUAUCCAUGGCGUCGCUCUCCGCCUCCUAUCAGCCGCCCAGGGACCUUCCGCACUACAACUCCCUGCCGAUCAAGAGCAGCCGCCACGGGCAAGGAGGGCGGAACAAAGCCAAGGAGUUUCUGCGCAGGAUGGAACUAAUGCGUACCUGGGGGCCGUCGACGAGGCGGAAAAGCUCGAACCGAAGGCCGCCCCUGGUGAUCAGUGGGCCGGUGUUGCAGGGGGAGGAGCCUCAGGCGCUGCAGAUGCUCCAGUGUACUCCUAUCAGCCAAUUAGAGCAAAGCCCCAAGCACAACCACGAAACCGAUGGAGACACUUCCACUGUCUCUCUUGACAAAGACUGUGCAGACCAGUCCUCGGUGAGCGCGAGCCCUAGCAAUGAGACACUCCCAGUGCCCAGCGCGAAGGAGCCAGCAUCCAACAAACCUCGCACUGCCAGCAAGAGGAGCAGCAUGUAUCUGGAGGAUAUGGAGCUGCCUUCUCAGGGUAAGAGGACUGAUGGGCAGAGCCAGUUUGGCAGAAACCAAUUUCAUUCAUAUGAAAACCUCCUCAUUCACAUCCCCAAAGACCAUAAACCAGGCACCUUUCCGAAAGCCCUGUCCAUAGAAAGUCUGGCGCCUUCCCCCACCGACAGGAGCAAUGGCCCCCAUACUCACGUUCAGAAUUGUCUGCCUGACAAUGGCCUCGGUGAACCCUGGUGCGGUAAGCCUUUGUCCAAACCCCCCUGUCCUGGAGCUCCGCGGGGAAGCAGGGUGAGCGUUUACGACAACGUGCCGGGCUCCCACCUGUACGCGAGCACCGGAGACCUGCUGGACUUAGAGAAAGAGGACAACCUGUUUCCGCACCUGGAUGACAUUAUCCAGCACGUCAGCGGCUUGCAGCAAAUAGUGGACCACUGGAGCCGCAGCGUGCUGCCCGAGGGGGAAGCAGGGGAGGAGGGGGGCGAGGAAGGGGAAGGCAGGACCACCCCCAGCGAAGGGGAGAGAGAUGGCGUUUCUUUGAACGACACGGACUCAACAGGGACCAGUCGGGAGAGGCGGGACUCGGGAGUCGGGGCCUCCCUGACAAGACCUCGGCUACGGUGGCCCAGUUUCAGAACGUCCGAUCAUCUCAACCAGCCAGCGUCGUCACUGCUGAUCAGCAGCCAGUCAGCGGGGCAGCUCAGCCUGCUGCAGAAGUUUUCCUUGCUCCGCCUAACUGCCAUCAUGGAGAAGUACUCCAUGUCCAAUAAACAUGGCUGGACAUGGUCUGUGCCCAAGUUUAUGAAGCGCAUGAAGGUGCCAGACUACAAAGAGAAGAGUGUGUUUGGCGUUCCCCUCAUCGUCCAUGUCCAGCGCUGUGGUUUCCCUCUCCCUCUGUGUUUACAACAGGCCCUGAGCCACCUCAGAACACACUGUCUGGACCAGGUGGGGUUGUUCCGCAAGUCCGGCGUGAAGUCUCGCAUUCAAGCGCUGAGGCAGCAGUGCGAGCUGUCCCCCGACUCCGUGAGCUACGAGGACCAGUCGGCGUACGACGUGGCCGACAUGGUCAAACAGUUCUUCAGAGACCUGCCCGAGCCUCUGCUAACAAGCAAGCUGGGGGAAACCUUCCUGCAUAUUUACCAGUAUGUCCCAAAGGAGCAGAGGCUACAGGCGGCCAGAGCGGCCAUUUUGCUGAUGCCCGACGAGAACCGGGAGGUUCUGCAGGCGCUGCUCUACUUCCUGCGUGACGUCACGUCCUUGGUGGAGGAGAACCAGAUGACGCCGAUGAACCUGGCCGUCUGCCUGGGGCCGUCGCUGUUCCACCUCAGCAUACUGAAGAACGAGACGCUGUCGCCCAGGUCAAUCCAGAAGAAGUACACCACGGGUCGUCCGGAUCAGAAAGACCUGAGUGAGAACUUGGCCGCCACUCAGGGCCUGACGCACAUGAUCACAGAGUGCCAGCGUCUCUUUCAGAUCCCGGAGGAAAUGGUGACCCAGUCCCGUAACUCCUACAUGGAGGCUGAGCUGAUGGUGCCCCCUCUGGACGAGCUCUGCAAGGCUCACGAGGAGGAGGCGGACGAGGACGAGGAGGAGGAAGAGGACGAGGACGGGUCGUAUCACGCGCACCUGGAGCGGCUGAUCCAGAACCUGCUGAAAGAGGCCAAAGACAAGAGCAAAGGCUGGGUGUCUCGCUCCGCUGCUGACCACACGGAGCUGGCAUUUAAGAAGGUGGGAGACGGUAACCCUCUAAGGCGGUGGCGAGUUUCUGUCGAGGUGUCGGCGGCUCCCACCGACGUGCUGCAGCGGCUGCUGAGAGAGCGCCCCCUGUGGCAGAGUGAACUGCGGCAGGAGAAGAUUCUGGAGACGCUGGACAAACAGACGGACGUUUAUCAGUACUCCUGCUACAACAUGGUGCCCCAGCCCAGCUGUGAUUAUGUGGUACUAAGAACGUGGCGUACAGAUCUGUGCAAAGGCUCCUGCGCGCUGGUCUGUGUGUCUGUCGAGCAUGACGACAGCCCACGCAUGGGAGCGGUGAGGGGGGUUGUGCUGGAGUCGCAGUACCUCCUGGAGCCUUGCGGGACAGGGAGGACCAGGCUCACACAUAUCUCCAGAGUGGAUCUCAGGGGAAGAUCUCCAGAAUGGUACAACAAGACGUUUGGGCACCUGUGCGCCAACGAAGCCCUGAGGAUACGUUCGUCUUUUAUCCCUUUAGACCAGACGAGCCCCGAGGCCAAGAACUGAACCCCACAUCUCGAGCUCUAUUUUAAUUUAAUUUUUUUUUUGUCACACUACCAGAGCAGCUGUACCUAAGAACCAGUGAGGGUAUUCGUCCAUGCAUUGGACUUCUGUGUCUUUUCACGGUGCCGAGCUCACGUGGAGCUUUACUGUGCCAUACUGCAAUACUGAAUUCACACAUACACACAUGCACAGGAGGAAAGAGGAUUUUUUUUUUUUUUGUCAUUUUGUGUCUGUUAACAACAUAUCAACGCUUAUUUAUGACGGAAAUGAUUAACUCCAAGCCAUUUUCUUGAAUAACAGAGCUAAUAUUAGUUUCAGCCUCCCAGCGUGAGGCAGGUAAUCUCAGCUUUUCUGAAAAGCCAUUGAUGCUUCACUUCACAAUCUGGGAACCUUGAGCAUUACUGGAAUUGUGAAGUUGUGUAGUCGGUAACAAUUUCCAUUAUUUAUUGAUCUGGUUCAUUCUUCCAAAGCACCAUCCUAUUGUCCAACAUCUUACCAAAAACAUGGUCCAAUAAAACACAGGAGAUGGCUGCUGUAGUGGUGAAUAUAUAAUCUUCAAAAAUUUCAUGAGGUAUCCUGAUACCUAUUCUGAUUAAGUAUGUACUUGAAACUUAAGUAUGUAAUUAAGUAUGCACUCUCCAAUUUCAUAAUUAGUAUUCUUUUUUUUUUGAGAAACCUAUCUAAACUCUGUGUCUUUAAAAUGACGUGUAUAAUACGCAUUGAAGCUAAUAUUUCUUUUCUACUUUUGAACACAGCUGAUAAAGCAGGAGACAUCACCCCGAUCAUUUUUUUUUCUUCUUAUCACAGUAAACGUCACACAGACAACACUAUCACAAUAUCUGAAGAUUAAAUCGUGUCCACAUUAUAAACCGAUUAAUUUAUUAACACUUCCAACUGGAGCUCCCUGACUAUCUUUUUUUGCACCUUACGUAAACCUGUUCACUUACUCAUCUACAUUUGUAAUACGUUGUUAUCAUAAUGCGUUCUAUAGAUAUACUGUAAAGAUACAAAAACCUCUGUGCUGUAUGAAACACCAGUACACCACGGCUAAAUGUCAGCACUGUGUUGUGAAAAGUGCACUAGCUUCAGGAAAAACAGGAGGGAUCUGAAUCACAUCAAGGGGAAAAUACUCGGCGGGUCCAUAAAUGUGCUUUGGAUUCAUUGUGUUGAUCUAGUUCUCUGUCACAAUUUUUGUUGUUAAUCUUAUCUAAAAAAAAACGAACAAAAAAAACAAAACAAAAAAAGGAAAUGCCAUUUUAAGGUUAUUAUUCUAUAUAUCUAUAUAUAUGGUAUUGUUUUUUUGCUGUCAUGUUAUACAAUGUCUAAGACAUGUGACCAUUUCACUGCUUCUGGGAAGCAUGUUUGAAAUUCUGCGUGUAUGCGUGUGUGUGCAUGGUUAUGCCCGUGUUUCUGCAGUUUAAAUAGACGUACCGCCUGUAUUAUAAAUAACUGCAACGCUUUCUGUGACGGCAGAUCGAUCUCACAUCAUAGUUUCAGGGUCCUCCUAUCAUAUUGAUAUGCUGAAAUGUGAAACUUUCCACACGCCGCCCUACUUAAAGCAAUAGCAGACUAAAGCUUGCUCUGCCCUGGCACCGCCGCCUUGGCUUUUUUUUUUUUUUUUUUUGGGUCUUGGCUGUAGACAGCGUUGCUAUGGUGUUGCUAUGAAAUAAUAUCUCUACAGUGCCACUGUAAUCCUGCUUGAAAGCUGUUUGCCGGGAAGCAGCAUUUUGUGUGUGUGUGUAAAUAUGUGUGAAUGAGAGAGACAAAGUGACAAACAAAAGAGUGAAUGACUCUGACGCGAGCCUUUGACUGCGUGUGGAGAGGCUCCAAAUUUAGCCGAGUAGCUCAGACCAGGGUGAUUUAUGCUUGGUUAUUUCUGACAGAAAAUAGAACCAUUGUUUCUAAAGAAGAGAAUAAAAAUCUAAAACAAAA